GUUUUAUCUACUCUAGUUCCUUUGCAUUUCCAGACAAAGCCAAUCAGGAGCAGUAUGCAGAGGGGAAGAUGAGAGGGGUUGCCCCUGGAAAGAAGACUUCUGGUCUGCAACAGAAAAAUGUUGAAGUGAAAACAAAAAAGAACAAACAGAAAACACCUGGAAAUGGAGACGGUGGUAGUACGAGUGAGACACCUCAGUCUCCUCGCAAGAAAAGGGCCCGAGUAGCUUCUACUGUUGAAAAUGAGGAAACAUUCAUGUACAGAGUUGAAGUUAAAGUAAAGAUUCCUGAAGAACUAAAACCAUGGCUUGGUGAAGACUGGGACUUAAUUACCUGGCAAAAACAGCCCUUUUAUCUUCCUGCCAAGAAGAAUGUGGAUUCCAUUCUAGAGGAUUCUGCAAAUUACAAGAAAUCUCGAGGAAACACAGAAAAUAAGGAGUAUGCUGUUCAUGACGUUGUGGCAGGGAUCAAGGAAUACUUCAAUGUAAUGUUGGGCACUCAGCUGCUCUGCGAAUAUGAGAGACCACAGUAUGCUGAAAUCCUCGCAGAUCACCCUGAUGCACUGUCCAAGGUGCAUGGAGCGCCACAUCUACUGAGAUUAUUUGUACGUACUGGAGCAAUGUUGGCCUAUGCACCUCUGGAUGAGAAGAGCCUUGCUUUAUUACUGAAUUACCUCCAUGAUUUCCUAGAAUACCUGGCAAAGAACUCUGCAACUUUGUUUAGUGCCAGUGAUUAUGUAGUGGCUCCUCCUGAGUACGAGCGGAAAGCUGUGUGA